UGUUUGUGUGAGAAAGUCAGAGCCAAAAAGUGCAAAAGAAAGUAUCCAUGCAUGAUCGUGCAGACAAAUGUGUGUAUUUGUGUGUGUGCCAGCCUUGUUUGUAUGCCUGUGUGUGUUCUGACAAAGGAUCCAUCCAGCCGUGCUGCAGAGGGCUGCUUGUUCCCAGAGACCCUCAGAGCUCCAGGACGCCCAAUCUCUCUGCUGCCUUCGGCCCAGACACAGCAGCCCAGACACGGUCACCCACGCUCGCCCUGCUACCCCCGUCCUCCUGGAGCUCUGUUUGGAUUACUAAUGGAUGGGAAAAACAGAGGCCAGUUUUAAAGUGAGAAAGUUGGAGUGUUUGGAGUUUAAAGAGAAGACAGUGGAGAACUUAAUCUUGUCAGGAUCACAGGCUGAAAAAGCUGGACUGGAUUUCAACACAGUUUCUUCAUACUUUGGAAUUAUUAUUAUUUUUUUUAUCUUUGACAGACUUUCAUGUUGAAAUCUGACAUCAUCGAGGUAAUUAUUAACAUUUUUCUCUUUGCUGAUGAUUUUUCAGGAUCUGAACUAAAUCGCUCUUUCUGAAAGAUUCUGUAAACUUUCCCAACACAAGGCUCAUCAUUCCUGAGCACUGGGACUUCCUGGGACCACUGCUGGAAUUUUAUUUUUUUGGUUUUAACAGGAAUCUUACAAAUUAAAUUGUGCGUCAUGGCCCUGUUGGCUAUUUUCUUGCUGUGUCUGCAGCUGCCACUGCUGUUUAUCGAUGCAAAGGGCGUCGGGCAACAUGAAAAGCAGCAGAGCAGCGUUGAUAAACCCUCUUCAAGUAUCAGCCUCGAGUCCCUUUGGACUGCCAAGCUGGUAAAAACUCCAGAUGACACCUACCCCCCCGAACAGAGCCUCCCCCUCUCUGAGAUGGUGGACCUGGACUUGGACCGCCACCGCCGCCAGGCCCGUGGCUCAGAAGAGGACGAGCAACAGUCCACCUUCAGCCAUUCCUUUGAGAAUGAGUGGGUGACAACGCCUCAAACCACCGAGUUCAACAACACAACAAAAGUGGAAACAGAAAGUGACGAUCAAGAGGGCAACGUCAACCUUCAUGCUAACACCACCAGUCCUGAGCAUGACGCUCCAGGACUCUUCAACCCGUUUUACCCGCUUGUGGAGACCUCGUACGCGGCCUACGCGGUGCUGUUCCUUGCCGGCCUGGUGCUGGCAGUGGGCGUGGUGGGAAACAUGGCGGUCAUGUGCGUCGUCUGGAACAACUACUACAUGAGAUCUGCCUGGAACUACCUGCUGGCCAGCAUGGCAUUCUGGGACUUUUUGGUCUUGGUGCUCUGCCUUCCUGUGGUGGUCAUCAACCAGCUCUCCCAUAGGAGAAUACUGGGUGACAUCACCUGCCGCAUGGUACCUUAUAUGGAGGUUGUGUCUUUAGGCAUCACUUCCUUCACUUUGUGUGCUCUGGGUAUUGAUCGCUUCCACGCUGCCACCUCCUCGUCGCAACUGAAGGCUCGGCGUGUGGAGCGCUGCCGCUCAGUGCUGCUGAGGCUGCUGCUGGUGUGGCUUGCUGCUCUGCUGCUGUCCAGCCCCGAAAUCUUUCUGUGGCAGCUCAGCCAGGCUGUUUCCCCGUCAACCGGCCGGCUGGUCGACUCCUGCACCAUCACCCUGUCCUCUCCAUUGUCCCUCUACCUUCCCGACUCCCUCCACUCCCUGCUGCUCAGGUACCACCAGGGUCGGAUGUGGUGGUGUUUUGGCUGCUACUUCUGCCUCCCUGUCCUCUUCACCAUUCUCUGCCAAAUGGCCACCCGCAACGUCAACAGUGACUCCAGCGCCACCCAGAAACAGCGUAACCACGAUGACCGUUCCUCCAACCAGAAGCGGCAGCAGCACCAGGCGGUGGAGCGGCAGCUGAACUGCACACUGCUGGCCUUAGCCGUGGUGUAUGGCUUGUGUGCACUGCCCGAGCAUGUCUGCAACAUCACGCUGGCCUACACUCACAUCAAUGUGUCUGAAGACACUGCCUCCAUGCUGGCGCUGUUACAUCACUUUCUGCUGUUCUUCAAGUCUUCGGUGACACCGGUGCUGCUGCUGUGUCUGUGUAAGGCUCUUGGUCAGGCUUUCAUGGACUGCUGCUGCUGCUGUUGUCAGGAGUGUCAGCCAACCGCAGCUCAAGGCUCGCCAGGCUCCGCCCAGGUCAAACUGAAGGCAGCCAAUGAGACGUCCAUCUUCUUUGACAAGGCUAAAGACACAUCGGCCAUCUUGUCCAUCUCAAGCUAGAGUCAUGUGUCCCUCUUCAGUUGUCACUUUAUAAAUCAGUCUUGUCUUGGCUGUCCAGUCAUCUCUUAGUGUUAACUGUUAGCUGUGAACACUUUGCUUUCUUCUUCAACAUGAUAUUUCCAUCCCUUUGUGAUCCCCCCCUCUUCCUUUCAUUUAUGACCAACAAUGAUCAUGACUCCUCACCUGUCUUUCUGUCCACACCUCCUCAGACAGACUGUUUGUAAGAUGCUCGUUUGUGGACUCUACAGUCUCCUGUUUGUCCAGGAACUGGUGUUUAAUCCGUAGUGAGAUAAGAAAAAUUGCUGUUCUUGCACAACCAGCUGUUGUGACAGCAGGAGCCUGCUUCAGGACUCUGAACGGACUCUUCAAGUCAACCUCCUGCUGUCAUAUUCAGGAUGCAGAGUAAAAACCUGGCCACGCUCUGGAUUGAAGCUGUGAAGUUUGUGUUCUUUUGAAAAGUAAAUGAAGCUCAGUUACAGUAAGAGCAAAUAUGCAUGAUUAUCCUGGAGCACUUGAGGUCUGCUGCUCAAACACGAAGUGGGCUGGAGGUAAGCUUAGCUGUUCAGCUUGUCCUCUCUGGUAAAGCUUGCAAGAAAAAUAACUUAAUAAAUAAAUAAUCUUCUGAGAGUUUAACCAGCUAAAACCUGACGUGCAAAAACAUUUUCAAAUUUAAGUAUUGUUUUUAACAACCAACUUCUAAAAUCUAAGCUUUCUGUAAAAGAAAUUGCUGAAUAUGAUUUAAAAGUGUUAAAAACAAUGUUGAUGUCUUCACAAGUUAAAAGUCUGUAAGGUUAAAAUUGGAAUUUAAGAAUCUGAUUUGAGUUCAGUCAUUUUAAAGGUGCAAACUGUU